AGCGACUGGAGACGCGUCUCUGCUGUUCCCAUCGUCCACCACGAUGCCCUCCCGCGUCUAGCCCUAGGGUUCUCCGAACAUGACCAGCCAGAACGGCAACAGUUCGGCGUCCAGCGACGACACAAUCGACCGGCUCAUUCACGCCGAGCGCGAUCAAUUCAUCGCGUCUUUACCCAACACCGACAUCUUGCGCCUCGCAGCAUCGUGCCAUCCUAGGCAGCAAGAAGGGACUUUCUUCCAGAAGCCGGUCCGAGGAAGCUACAACAUUUGCUACUUUGUCCGCUUCCCUCCGACUUCGCGAUCCGUUGACAGCGAGGGAGAAAAAUGGGUUAUCCGAGUGCCCAUCCAGCCAUGUCUUGGCUUUGACGUAAAGGUCAAAUUGGAGAGCGAGGUCGCGACGAUGCAGCUGCUGGCGGACCGCACAACGAUACCUGCCCCCAAAUUGAUCGCAUACGGCAUCGGCGACCACUCGAAACCCAUACCGACGUUCCUCAUCCUCGAAUAUGUCCAAGGGGAGAAGCUCAUGCAAGGGACGCUGCAGCUCGACCCCGACAAGAAACAAAAUCUUUACACGUCCCUCGCCGAUAUAUAUAUCCAGCUGAGGAGGCUAGAGUUUGACUCGAUCGGCUGCCUGGUUCGGAGGGGCGACAAUGCCGUCGUGGGAAGGCGCCCAGUCUCGAUCGAUACCAAUCGACAAGAACUCGAAGGCAGGCAACCUAUGGCGGUCCAGUCGCGCUACUUGAACAAUGACACUCUGCAAUCCGCCUCGGCGUACACGCACAUGCUGCUCGACUUGGCCGACAACGCGUUCAAGGGUUUGAAAAACAUCACGGAGGAGGUCUACAGCCAACAUGCCUUUCGCGAACACGCCCUUGCCUGGGUAAAGCCUGAGCUGGACCACGGUCCCUUUGUCCUCGUCCACGGCGACUUCGAGUGUCGCAACUUCCUGGUGAAUGACGCUUGCCAGGUGAUCAGCGUCUUGGAUUGGGAAUGGAGUCGCGUGGUGCCGCUUCAGUUCUUCCAGCCGCCGCUCUGGUUGCGGAUUGCAGACCGAUCAAUGCUAGCUGGUCGUUACAUGUACGAGAAAUAUUUGGAGGAAUUUGACAUGUUCCUUAAAAUCGUGGAGUCACGAGAGCAGCGGAUGUAUGGGCGUACUUUGCUGGCAGACGAGUGGGCUGUGGCCAAGCAAAACAGUGGUAUUUUCGUCGCGUGGGCUUUGGAGAACUGGACCUUUAUGGACACCUUUGCCCAGCUCUUCAUCAAUGUCAGGCUCCGUCUACUGGACAAGGAGGAAUACCAGCGACAAAUCCAGGCCUUCGUGGCCAAUGACCCGAGCCGGGCAGCCUUGGUGGCACAGAGCAAGCCCGCGUCAGUCAGUGUCAGUGUCUGGAUGCGUGUGCGGCGCGCAUUCCAGGCUGCCAGCCAGGGACUGCGGUUCACCAGCCCGUCCUACUCGUCUUGGGGAGGAUUUAUUCUCAUGCUCUGUGGAACUGCAUACGUCCUUCAUGCAUCGCGUGUUCGUUCCAGACAUUGAGAUGCACUGACUAGACUAUAGUUCCCCAAAGAGCUUCUCAUACCCCUGGAUCCUCUCUUGGAGAUUUUGCAGAUCCUCUUGGGGUUGGGUGACGAGAGCUCUCAAAGCUUCAAGCUCGUCCAUCGCUCAUCUCGGUAUCCAACUUACCACUCCUUUUGUUCACGGCAUGGUACGACGACGAGUGUCGUGGCAGCUCUACCCCAGCUAUACCGCCGGCCAGCGCCUUCAUCUUCUCAUGCAUUCUGUCAAGCCCGUUGGUGGUCUGUUCUUUUCUUUCACAUCUCUUUCACAUCUCUUUCACAUCUCU